CGAGGCCUCGGGUUUUGCACAGACUAAUAUAUCAAAGCCGUUGGCGCGGAGCAGUUGCAAUAACACCGUCUCGUAGGCAGGAUGUCGCAGAGUGUGGGGUGACGUGAGAGAGAGUGCAGCGGAGGAUGUGAGUGUUGAAUAUUGGUGUAUAGUGGGUUUGUGAUUGAAGGGUGGCGAUGGGUCCGUCGCAGCCGGGCGCCGGGAUGGCGGGUCAUGGCCAGGCCAUGGGCGGCAUGGGCGCCAUGGGCGUCCCGCACCAUGGGCCCGGCCAGCGCCCGCCGCACCCUAUCAGACCGAUGCCGCACCAUCCACAGGCUCAACACCACUCUGUGCCACCACAGAUGAAGCCAAUGCGGCGGCCUUACAACAUGGGCGGCGCGUACGGACCGGGAGCGCCCGGCGUCAUGCCGCCGCCCUAUGCCCAGCCGCAGCGGCAGCCGCAACCGCCGGCGGUACAACCCUCACACACAGUAGUGUCGACACAGUCUAGCACCGCGCCGAGCGCAGCCAGCGUGGCAGAAGCUGCGGACAGCGCGAAGGCGGCGCCCGCGCCCGCGGCAGACAAGCCCGGGGACGAGCGCGCGGCGCCGGGCGACAAUGAGGCCUCUCGCCCGGCGCCCCCGGCCAACAGUAAAGAGAAGACUCCUAUGUGCCUGGUCAACGAGCUGGCCAGGUACAAUAAGAUUAAGCAUCAAUACCGCCUCACAUCAGAAACUGGACCCGCUCACAAAAAAGUAUUCACAGUAACACUCCGAUUGGGUGAUACUGAGGAAUACACUGCUGAGGGAUCGUCAAUAAAACGCGCCCAGCACGCGGCGGCGAGCGCGGCGCUGACGGCGACCAGCUUCCCGCCGCCGCCGCCGCGCGCGCCCGCCGCGCACGCCUCCGCGCACCCGCACCACCGCCACUCAGGUGCAGUGAUGCCGACGGUGGAGCUGAACGCGCUGGCCAUGAAGCUGUGCCAGCCCGCCGUGUACACGUCCAUCCCGCCCGUGUGCGCCGGCGUGCGCGCCGCCCGCCCCCGCCCGCCGCCGCCCUACCGCUUCCCGCUCGCGCCCGUGCCCGCCGUGUACACGUCCAUCCCGCCCGUCGCACCAGUCGGCGUGGCAGGCGUAGGCGUGGGCGGGCCGCUUCUCUACCGCGUGCGCGUCAGCGUCGGCGGCCGCGCCUGGCUCGGCGAGGGCGCCACACCACAAGCUGCUAGACACGACGCCGCAGCUCGAGCUUUACACGAUCUGAGGCCCUCGCCCGGAUCACAGUUACUAAAAUGAAAUGAAUCUUCCCCAGGCGACGCGAGCGCCGACAUCCUGAACUCGGAGGUGAAGUCGCCGGUGUCGCUGGUGCACGAGCUGGCGCUCAAGCGGAACCUCUCCGUGCAGUUCACCGUCAAGUCCGAGCGCGGCCCGCCGCACAUGCGGGUGUUCGUAACGGCGUGCACAGUGGGCGACAUCGAGACUGAAGGCGAGGGUAACGGCAAGAAGGUGUCCAAGCGGCGCGCCGCCGAGCGAAUGUUGGACGAGAUGCGGCGCCGCUGGCCGCCCGCGCUGCUGCGCCCGCGCCCGCCGCACGACAAGCGCCGCCACCAGCCCGCCAAGAAGAAACCCAGGAACCUCAUCAAGGAAGGCGGCGUAACAGCCUGCGCUACCAACGGCUGCGCGGGCGCCGACAACCCGAUAUCCCGGCUCGCCGUCGCCCGCCACGCCGUCCGCGCGCGCUCGCCGCAGUACCGCGUGCUAGAGGAGCGCGGGCAAGCGCGCCGGCGGGAAUUCCUGGUGCAGUGCGACGCGCCGCCGCACUCCGCUACCGGGCUGGGACCCAACAAGAAGGCGGCCAAGCGACGCGCCGCGCACAAUGUCUUACUAGCGAUGGAGAUGAGCACCAACGCGACAGACGUGGCGGCGGUGGCGGCCGCCAACAGCGCCGAGGCCAACGGCGCCGGCGACGCGCCCAGCGUCAGCCAGGGGGACAGUAAACGAAAGGGACAUGAGACGGAAGGCGAGGGCAACGGCAAGAAGGUGUCCAAGCGGCGCGCCGCCGAGCGAAUGCUGGACGAGAUGCGGCGCCGCUGGCCGCCCGCGCUGCUGCGCCCGCGCCCGCCGCACGACAAGCGCCGCCACCAGCCCGCCAAGAAGAAACCCAGGAACCUCAUCAAGACUGAGGGCGAGGGCAACGGAAAGAAAGUGUCCAAGCGGCGCGACGCCGGCCGAACGAAAGACGAGACGAGACUCGACAAGCGCCGUCACCAGCCCGCCAAGAAGAAACCCAGGAACCUCAUCAAGGAAGGCGGCGUAACAGCCUGCGCUACAAACGGCUGCGCGGGCGCCGACAACCCGAUAUCCCGGCUCGCCGUCGCCCGCCACGCCGUGCGCGCGCGCUCGCCGCAGUACCGCGUGCUAGAGGAGCGCGGGCAAGCGCGCCGGCGGGAAUUCCUGGUGCAGUGUGACGCGCCGCCGCAUUCUGCUACUGGGCUGGGACCCAACAAGAAGGCUGCUAAGCGACGCGCCGCGCACAAUGUCUUACUAGCGAUGGAGAUGAGUACCAACGCGACGGACGUGGCGGCGGUGGCGGCCGCCAACAGCGCCGAGGCCAACGGCGCCGGCGACGCGCCCAGCGUCAGCCAGGGGGACAGUAAACGAAAG